GUCAGCUUUCCAAAACACAUGGACGAUCUGGACAGAGAUGUCAACAUAACAGAGACCGAUGUUGUGGGCAAGUGUUUGACCGAGUACAAGGUGCAGGACAUUUACAGGGGUGCUAAGACCAUCCAUAAGAGCAAAGACCUCCUCAGUUGCAGUGACCGAGAGUACUACCGCAUUGCCAUGAAUUCAGUCAAAUACAAUGUCCACUCUAAAGUACGAUCCAUGCCUCUGAUGAAGAGCUACCACAAUUGCGUCCAGACACUGGACGCGCAAGACAAUAUUCUGACCAAGAGCGAAUGUACUGAGGAAAAUAUAUUCAGGCCAUUCUCGAAUGGCAAGAGCGGUGCCAUGACAGAACAGACGCAGAAGAAGUGA